UGGAUGUGGACGUGACGGGGUUGGCUGCCUUCCUCCAGGCUGUAGCCCCGCCCUUACCAUUGGUUUUGUGAUUGAUGACGUCACGGGGUGAGAGGUCGGCUGCACGGUAGCUAUGGCCGGCUGUUGUGGGGUGCGGGCGGCGCUGCAGGUGUUCCUGGUCGGGAUCGGGUUGCUGGUAAAGGCGGAUAAGACGCUGUACGGACCGGAGGAUGCCGGGAUCUCCAUACUGGGGCGGAAAUCGGUGAACGGCGCCCUGUAUAACUCAUCCUCUGCCUGGCUGCUGGAGUUCUAUUCCUCCUGGUGCGGACACUGCAUCAACUACGCCCCCACCUGGCGGAUCCUGGCCUCGGAUGUGCAGGACUGGGGUCCCGCAAUAAGGAUCGGAGUGUUAAACUGCGCCGAUGAGGAGAACACGGCUAUCUGCAAAGAUUAUGGCGUCCAGUUCUAUCCCACGUUUCGGUUCUUUGCUGCCUCAACCAAAGACUUUACUCAGGGAGAAAACUACAAAGCGGAAGCAGACAGAGAGGUGCAGACGGUGCGACACGUCAUCAUUGACUACAUGGAGAGUCUCCCUGCCGAGCACAGACCCCCGGCCUGUCCGUCCCUCCAGCCAAUCAGCUCGGGUGACAUCACUCUUCUUCUUAACCAAAAAGAGCCCCAUUACACCGCCAUCAUCUUUGAAAGCGAGGCAUCAUACUUCGGCCGUGAGGUGAUCCUGGACCUGAUGCAGUAUGAGAACAUUGCGGUGCGGAGGGCUGUGAAUUCAGACAAGGCCAUGUUGGAGAAGCUCAGUGUUGUUUCAGUCCCGUCUUGUUACCUGAUCUACCCGAACGGUUCACAUGGAUUAAUUAACAUUGCGAAGCCCCUGCGGUCUGUGUUCUCCUCCCACCUUAAGUCCUUGCCAGGUAUAAGGAAGAAAGCCGGAGCUCACUCAGCACUACCAGAGGGACUGCCCAAAGAAGAUAAAGAACACGUAGCCUGGAAGGACUAUGACAUGUCCAAGUUGUAUACCGCAGACCUGGAGUCUGCCUUACAUUAUCUCCUUCGUGUAGAACUCGCUACUCACCAGACUCUGGAAGGAGAGAAGCUGAAAACCUUCAAGGAUUUUGUCAUCCUCUUGUACAAGCUGUUCCCGGGGCGCCCCCAUGUUGUAAAACUUCUGGAAACGCUGCAGGAGUGGCUUGUCAGUAUGCCGCUUGACAAGAUCCCCUAUGACGCCAUCUUGGACCUGGUCAACAACAAAAUGCGGAUCUCUGGAAUCUACCUCACAAACCAUGUGGAAUGGGUCGGCUGCCAGGGAAGCAGGGCACAGCUGAGAGGGUAUCCCUGUUCCCUAUGGAAGUUGUUUCACAGUCUCACUGUACAGGCGGCAGUACAGCCAGAUGUCCUCGUGAACACCGAAUUCGAAGGGGAUGCUCAGGCGGUGCUGAAAACAAUGAGACGGUAUAUCAGGGAAUUUUUCGGAUGUCGGGAGUGCGCACAGCACUUUGAAGCCAUGGCGAAGGAGUCGGUGGACAGCGUGAAGACAGCGGACGAGGCAGUGCUCUGGCUGUGGAAAAAACACAAUGUGGUGAACAAGAGACUGGCUGGUGCUCCAAGUGAGGAUCCAAAGAGCCCCAAAGUGGAGUGGCCCACGCCUGACCUGUGCCCGGCCUGUCACGAGGAGAUAAACGGGCUGCACAACUGGAACGAAAAGGAGGUCCUCGCCUUCCUCAAGAAACAUUAUGGUGCCAAAGAGAUCUCCUUACAGUACUCCGAUCCGAACAGUGACCGUCACGAAGGAGAGGAUAAAAAAAAUGAAAACCUUCACAAUAAGGAACCCGCAGGAGAUGCAGACUUCAGGCAGAACAAGCCGAUUGUCAGACCAGACUUCAUGGACAAAUUAGUACAAAAACCCAUUGAAAAGGGGAAAAGCGACAACCACCAGGAGGGCAACAAGAUGUCAGUCAGCUUCCUGAGUCUGGGCUUCUCCAACAUAGACAUGAGCCUGUGUGUGGUUCUCUACUUCACCUCCUGCUUAUUUUUAAUGAUCAUGUAUUUCUUUUUCAAGGUUCGGUCAAGAAGAUGGAAAAUCAGGUAUAACCGACCCUAUGUAUAAUUUUAUUGUGUGUGUUCUUUUUCUUUAAUUUUUUUUUAUUUAAUUUUUUUAAACCUCCAGUUGACCAUUUGGCCUCCCCCAAGUUUUUGUACUAAUUUGUUUGAUCAGGGAUAUAUGUAUUUAUGUGUGUUUUAAAGGGGUUGUAUGAGAUUUAAAGGAAAGUCACUUUUUUUUUUUCUUCUCCAGAACCAUUCCUAAACAUAGACGGAGUGUGGUAUUACAGCUCACUGUGGAUAGAGGUAAACCGGGCACAGUCCACACUAGUAUUCAAAAUGGAUUUGGGAGCGGCUCAAUACCCCGGUGGUGCUACACGGCAAAACAGUUCAUGACCAUGAACCUAUGACAAGCGCUAAUCGGAGCACUCACCAUAUGGGUACAGCU